AUGGAGGAAAAGCUGAGUUUGGAGGGGACCGUAGUCGUUCAGAGAGCGAGCGAGCUGCAAGCGGAAGCGCAGAAGCUGGCUCGGCAACGUGCCUUCCUACGAGAAGAACGGCGACGAGCUCGCAUGGAUGAGGAGGUGCUUCGGCUGGAAAAAGCCGACUUGAGCAUGACGAAAGAUGACGAGUGGAUUCCAGCGGAGUGCCUUGUACACCACUCCGAGAAGAGAGUCAGACUUAAUGUUGGCGGACAGCUUUUCGAGGCGUCGACAGCUGUCCUUCGACGAGAUCCUGCUUGUCUUUUGGCCGCUCUCUGCCACGACGGCGGACCGCUGAGAGCGGACCUUGGCGGUACCAUCAACGUUGAUAGAGACUGGUGGAUGUUUCGGUAUAUCAUCAAGUUCCUGCGGGACGGAAUUCUACCUACUGACACGACCCUGCUGACUCAGCUCUAUCGUGAAGCUGGAUACUGGCGUUGCGAAUCAUUGAAGCGCGCCAUCGAGGAGCAGAUGCACUUGUACCGCUCCUCGCUUGGAGUUGGUGCUAGCGGUGGUGCACAAGACAAAACGAAGGACACAGAGGUGGAGAAACCACCGGUGAAGGAACCCGAGAAGCCGAAAGAGACAACGGACAAGGAUGAUUGGUGGACGGGGGCAAACUACAACGGAAGAAAGUACACUGCUGUUCAAAAUGAGGUAUCUGCAUAA